GAAAGAACAUGAAGCAGAGCAAGUAUCAGGAAAGGAAAGAAGAAGAAAACACACUCACUCUGAAACAAAAAAAAAAACACUUUCAGAAUGAACCAACAGACAUCACAGUAUGGUUCUCAAUACACCUUUUAUAUCUAUUGAGAAUUGGAACAGAAGCUGUUGCAUCAAAAAUGGACCUCGACAUCCAAUCCAAAGAGCUCAGUGGGUCUAGCUGGAAGGAACUUCUUCCAACCCUGAGCCAGUACAAAACCAUCAGGUUGGAUGACUGUAGUCUAUCAGCUAGUCAUUGUAAAGAUCUCUGCGCCUUUCUGAGCACAAAGCAAACAUUGGCUGAACUGAAAUUGAACAACAAUGAACUGGGAGAUGCUGCUGUAGAGUUGCUGUGCAAAGGAUUGCUGAGUCCAAACUGUAACCUUCAGAAACUAUGGCUGCAGAACUGCAACCUCACCAAAGGCUGCUGCGAGAGUCUCCGUGCUGUGCUCAGCAGCAAGCCAUCCCUGACUGAGCUUCACCUGGGGGACAACAGUUUGGGCACAGCUGGAGUUAAGAUAUUGUGCCAGGGACUUUUGGAUUCCAACUGCCAGCUGGAGAAGCUUCAGCUGGAGUACUGUGAGCUCUCAGCAGAGAACGUGGAGGCUCUCAGCUCUGCCCUGCGCACCAAGCCAUCUCUGAAGGAACUCAACCUGAGCAACAACAAACUAGGGGAUGCCGCAGUGAAGCAGCUUUGCCAGGGUGUGCUGGACGACAACUGUAACCUGCAAUCGCUGCAACUGGAGAGCUGUGACAUCACACCUGCCAGCUGUCGGGACCUCAGCGCUGUGCUAAGUUCAAAGCCAUCCUUGACUGAGCUCUGCAUAGGGGAGAACAAGAUUGGUAACGCAGGUGUAGCCCUCUUGUGCCAGGGGGCCUUGAAUCCCAACUGCAAAAUACGCAAGCUGUGGUUAUGGGAAUGCAAUAUCUCAGCUCCUGGCUGCAAGGACCUCUCCAAUGUCAUUGGUACCAAAGAGACUCUCAAGGAGAUGAGCCUGAUCGGAAAUGAUCUAAAAGAUGCAGGGAUGGAGUUCUUAUGCCAAGGACUGAAGGACCCAAAAUCUAAACUUGAGUCAUUGUGGCUAAGAGAAUGUGGUUUGACUUCAGCCUGUUGCAAGAGCCUUGGCUCUGCUCUCAGCGUGAACGGGACUUUGAAAGAGCUGCAUAUCGGUGGAAAUAAUCUGUGUGAUGCAGGGGUGACUGAUCUCUGUGAAGGAGUUCUGAGCCCCAGCUGUAACCUGCAAUCCCUCUGGCUGGGACAAUCGGAACUCACAGAGGUUUGCUGCGAUAAGCUUGCCGAAGUCAUCGUUGGAAAACCCUCCCUACAAGAACUGGAUGUAAGCUACAGCCAUAUAGGAGACGAGGGUGUGCGUAAGCUCUGCGAAGCAGUGAGAAGUCCCAACUGUAACCUGAAGUACCUGAUUUUGUAUGACACUUACUGGACUACUGAUGUGGAUAAUGAACUGAAGGCCCUGGAAGAAUCAAAGCCUGGAUUUAAAGUUGUUACAUGAGUGGUGCAACAUUGCCGUGACCACUUCGACUGCCUUUUCUUCUGUCGGGAUUCUUUUUGUAAACCAAGUCACCAGACCAUAUGAUGAUGGACUUUUAUGAUUCCAGAUUUCAUGGAGCUGUGAUAUGCCUAGAAACCACAUUCAAAGCUUAGGAAUGUGUUGGUACCUCAGUGGUGAGGCAGCAUGGGGAAAGUUCUGGAAUUAUCUGCUGAGUCCAGCAUGCAUAUGCUGGUGGGUUUUCUGCCUCUUGGAAAAUACUAAGAUCAGCACAAAGUAGAAUAUGUCUCCUGCCAGCUGCCAUAAAGCAAUAAUGGUUACUUGCAGAUGACUUGAAACUCUUCCCUUGGGAAGAACUAUAUUGGAGACUUUUAGACAAAUUGGGGAAUAAUGCCCAUUUUUUAAUUGCAAAAAAUUAGGAUGCAACAUUGCCCCUCCCCUUAAGUAUCUCUGAUAUUAAUAUUUUCUGCUAAUAAUGCAAGGAGUGAAUUUUUUGUAUCUUGAUCAACAAAUCUAGCCCUGUAGGAAUAUAAAAUAAAGUUUGAUUGCAAAGAGA